CUAAAAUAUAAUCAAAGAAAAAGGUUUUAAUCCAGUUUAACAAACCAUAGAGAGAAUAUGUUGGCUGGUAAGAUCGAUGUACCGAAUGGGUACAAGAGAAGACGUGUGGAUGAUGGAGAAGGCAUGGCUUCAGUGCAGGCGCUGGGAGUCGAGGUUGCAAGCCCAUCGUUCAAAAAGGUUCUCAAGUCCUGUUCGAGAUGCAGACUGAACAAGGUUCGGUGUGAUGCCAUGGACAUGCGGCCCAGCCCUUGUACACACUGCUUGAAGAAGGGACUCGAGUGUGUGUUGGAGGUUGUGCACACGCCGCCAAAACGAUCGACUGACGUCGUGGAACUGCUCACUCUGGAAGUGCAAGAAUUAAAGAAAGUUUUGGACCUGUUGAUCAGUAGAAAGAGCGAGAUGAUAGAGAUGUUGAUCAAGAGAGGGGUUGAGUUCCUGACCGAGAUACAGUACGGGCAUAUGGAGAGGAAUGACGAGAGUAAAGAGCAUGAGGAGUAUGAAGAAUAUGAAGAGUCAGAAGAGUCAGAAGAGUCAGAAAAUGAGUCUGAAGAGUCGGAGAAUGAAUGUAAGGGUCAAGAAGAAGAGUUUUCCGAUGAGAACUCUGAACCAGAAGAUUUUGCGUUCUCAUCUAAAAUAACGGCAACAACCAUAAUCCAACCACUUACUCCAAACACAAAUAGUUCAUGUCUGGAGGGAGAAACUCUGAUCCAAGAGUCUCUGUUAUUCACGCUCUCCCAUGGCAACUUUGUGAUCUCGAUGGAUGAGGCAGAACGUCAGUUUGCCAACUAUAGAUCCAAUUUCCAUCGAUUUAUCCCCAUCUUACCGCAUGAGUUCUUGCAUGAUCUUCAACAAGUUUACCAAGAAAGUGAUCUUCUUUUCUGGUCUAUCGUGUGUGUUUCCUAUUUGAACGGUGGACCAGAGGCCUGUGAGAAGUAUCAACAACUCUCAGCAUCGAUUAAAUCGCUCGUGGUGGCUAAAUGUUGGUAUAACACUCCAAGAUCCGUCCACACCUUACUUGCAUUGCUGAUCUUGACCACUUGGCCGUUGCCAGAAGAUCCAGACUCAGAAGACCAACUCAGUAUCAAAUACCUUGCUCUUAUGAACAAUUUGGCAUUACAACUUGGUCUUCAUCGUUCAGAGUUUAUCAAUGAGUUCAGUCAUAAGACUGUGGUGGGGAUUUCGAAAUAUAGUUCCGAUAAUAAUAAGGCUCUUAGAGAGAGGAUUUAUAAAUAUGUUCAUAUUAAUUCAAGCUGUUGGUAUACAAUGUUGGGACUUCCUCAGAGAGAUGAAGAUUAUAUGGUGAAUAAAAAGAAUAUAAAGACCAAGAAAGAUGAUAAUUCUACCCAGUUAAAGGAAGAAAACUCCACUGACUUGGAAUUAGUUUAUAUUACCUCUCUUCUUUCACUCUCCCUUAUUCAACUGAAAAUCUCCACCACUUUCCAAUCUUCAGAUACUUCAAUCACAAGACUUUAUCAAAUCAACAAAACAAAAAGAUUUCUCAACUUGGGAAUGUUUGAGAAAAUUCUCCAACAAUUGGCCCAUUCAUCAAGUCCCUUGAUGAAACACCACCAGCAUGCCAAUCUCAUGCUGAUGUCUGUAUCCUACAUCAAAUUACAAACCUACUUGUUCACAUUCUUCCCCUUGGACAAGUACAAGACAGACAUGAAUUUGACCGGCGAAGAGUACAAGUCUUACACUGUCAAGGCCCUACAAUGUUGCUAUGAGAUCAUCCAACUCUUUGAAAAGGAAUUCUGCACCAUCUCCAACUUUGCACAAGUGCCCGUCCAUUACCGGUUCAUGCUUGAACUCUCCAUGUUGAUCUUGAUGAGAAUUCACCAUUCUCCACUCUUGGACAGUGUUGCUUCUUAUAGAGACUUGAAACGGAAUUUCCAACAGGGGUUCGAAAUUCUCACCAAAGUAUGUGAUGACAGCUGGAAAGAUGUGCUGGUUAAUGAUAUAAACCGGACAAAGACAACUCUUUUAGCAUUUGAUAAACUUUUCGUCAAUGGAGAUGGGGCUAAAGUAUUCCAACAUAGCACUAUUUCGCAUGAUAUCAACGAACAGGGGAACUCAUUUUUUCUUAUCAAACAGUUUCAAGAUCGCUUGGUAUCCAGUUUGGAACACGAAAUGAUGUGGCUUGUAAACCAGAGCGAGGACAAGACGAGGGAAAAGAAAGAAAAGGAAUCUAUAACCAUAGACUGGAGUGGGCUUAAUGUAAAAGAAAGAGUACAACGGGAAAUCUCAGACUAUUUAGGAUGUCUGAUAUUUGAGUAAAUUACAUAGAUAUAUAUAC